CACGAUUGCGGCCUGAUGCACCGGGCCGAGAAGACGAGUAGUAAGGUAUGCCGCGACCGGGAACUCGAGGUCGCCAAGGAGAUCCACCGCAAGAAACUCCAGCAAACGCGGUCGGCGAUUGACACGCACAAGCCUCGCACGUCAACAAUGUACCAUCUCCUGCACAACAUGAAGCGUGAUCGCGAGAUGGAAGAACGGCAUGACGAGAUCGAGCGCCAUAACAACUUGCUCGUCAACCGUAUGUCGGACGUCAUGCACUGCUCAGCAUGGGAAUUCCACCCGUCGCCCGCGUCGUCCGUCAACACAGUGUCGUACACAGUGUACCACAGCCCGCGUCACGCAAGCCCGCUCAAGCCGAGCGCGCCGCCGCCACUGAAGAAGUCGCUGAACGGGACCUUCCGGACUCAGCGACUGCGGCAAAUCCAAAGCGACAACUUGGCAAUCACGCGUCGCGUGCGCAAAACAAAAACGCACUACAAAAACACGAGGAUGCGCAAGGAGUGGCAGCAGAGCGUCAAGUACCUCAAGUCAAUCUGCAACUUUCCUCUGCUCAAGCCAAACCCCACGCUGAAGAACGCGCGAGCGUUCAUGCAGGCACAGACUUUGGACGACGAAGAGGACGACCUUCUUCAGUACUACAAUUUAAGCUUGCCGACUAUCAACGUGAAAGUCGCAACACCUCCGACGACGGUGCCGCCCUUGUGCCGUCACAAGGCCCGAAAGCCUGCCUUCGAGCCAAAAAAGGUGGGGGCGCGCCCAGGACUACCCGUGCUUGACCACCUCAGCCCGCGCUUCAAAUGGGGCCCGUCAAGUGAGUUCACGCAUGUGACACCCAAGUCGCCGCUGCCAGCGCCAUCGCAUCUAUUCAAGAAGGGCCGGACCAUCGACGGCGUCACCUUUGUCGUGACCGUUGCCAGCGCCUCGACAUACGGCAUGACGAUCUCAGCCCACGACGCGAGCGCAGAUACGACGUAUGAGCUAUACGCCUCCAAAGACGACAUGCUUGGGCUUCUCAAAGACGUCGUCUCGAUUGAAGAAGAGUUCUCCGUCGAGACCAUAUCGCGGCUUCUCUGCGACCGCGUCCGAUUCGAGCAAGACAGCUCGAUGCUGUACCUUCCGCUUAACGAAGUGCGCUCGUUGGCGGGUUUGGCGCAAAAUGUGCUCUUUUGCCUCGUCGCUUCGCCGGCCAACGACAGCUGA